AUGACUCCCUGGCUUGGGCUCGUCGUGCUCCUGGGCAGCUGGAGCCUGGGGGACUGGGGCGCCGAGGCGUGCACAUGCUCGCCCAGCCACCCCCAGGACGCCUUCUGCAACUCUGACAUCGUGAUCCGGGCCAAGGUGGUGGGGAAGAAGCUGGUGAAGGAGGGGCCCUUUGGCACACUGGUCUACACCAUCAAGCAGAUGAAGAUGUACCGAGGCUUCACCAAGAUGCCCCAUGUGCAGUACAUCCACACGGAAGCUUCCGAAAGUCUCUGUGGCCUUAAGCUGGAGGUCAACAAGUACCAGUACCUGCUGACAGGCCGUGUCUACGACGGAAAGAUGUACACAGGACUCUGCAACUUCGUGGAGAGGUGGGACCAGCUCACCCUCUCCCAGCGCAAGGGGCUGAACUAUCGGUAUCACCUGGGUUGUAACUGCAAGAUCAAAUCCUGCUACUACCUGCCUUGCUACGUGACCUCCAAGAACGAGUGUCUCUGGACCGACAUGCUCUCCAAUUUCGGCUACCCUGGCUACCAGUCCAAACACUACGCCUGCAUCCGGCAGAAGGGUGGCUACUGCAGCUGGUACCGAGGCUGGGCCCCCCCGGACAAGAGCAUCAUCAAUGCCACAGACCCCUGAGCACCAGCCCCAGCCCCACCUCACCUCCCUCCCUCCCCACUGAGCUUCCCUCGGACACUAACUCUUCCCAGAUGAUGACAAUGAAAUUAGUGCCUGUUUUCUCGCAAAUUUAGUACUUCGAACACUUAAAGAAAAGUCUAUGCUGUCAUAUGGAGUUUCUUUGGAACCAUCCUCCUGGCCCCACCCUACUCCUUCUCUUUGGUUUUGACAUCACCUAUUUCCACCCGGGAAUUUUUGGUGCCAUGCCAAAAAGAAUGAGGAAUGUACACGCCUCUUCUUCGUGAGAAUAUAAUCUAUAUUUUUUUAGGAAAACAAAAAUCAAGAAACUACCCCAUUUGGGCAUUGUAAUACCUACUGCUUUUCCUUCUUCCCCAACUCCCCAUCUCGCAGACCCUCCUGCUUUUGCCAUUCUUCUCCACCACAUAAAGGACACAGACCAGGAAGUUGCUG